GGAACAGACCCCAGGUCUCCUGCCUUCCAGUGCCCCAUGUAAGCCCAUGCAGGGUUGGUGUGUAGAAAGUUUUUGUACAGUACUGUCAAGGAAAGUCCUCUUCUCCUGACAGGGAAAGUUUAGUCGUGUUAAGAGGGAGAAGAAUCCCACCAGAGGCUAGGAAGUGCCCACCCCCCCAAAUUCCUGCACUGUUCUUGUUGGGUCUCCUCUGGUCCCGCAUGAGGUUGUAGCAACAGAUUUCAGAGGAAUGUCCUUGAGUAACCCCUGUUCUUGUCCCAGCACCUCCCCCAUGCCUUCUGCGGUCUCGGUAGCAACGGUAUUCCUUUAAGAGGCGGUGGGGGUCCCUUCUCCUCCUUCAUGCGACUUGACACAGGCCUGGCCACGCCCCCCUCGCCUGUUCUAUCAUCGCUGGGGCAUCCCUCCUCCCUCUCCCCUGCCUGCCCCCAGCAGCUCUUGCGCCGAUUGGCUGCGGCUGCGCAAGGGGAGGCCUCGCGUUCGAAGAAAAAAGAUACCCGGACGUUCUGAUGGGAAGCGCGUUCGGAAAAAUGAUACACAACGUUCCAACGGGGAAGGGAAGCGUCCCGAUUGGUCCCGGAUGCCAUCAGGGCUGGCUGGGCUGACCAGCAGCUGCUGCCGAGUGAGGCCGCUGGGCUCCUUGCUUCUCCCCCAGCCUGGGGAACUUUAGGUAGCAAGCAGCAUUGAAUGGGCUGGGAGACAGCGGCGGAGGCACCCUGGGGUUUGCAGCGUGUGUGGAAGUUCUCGCCAUGAGCAGUCCCCAGGCAGCGGCAGCUGCUGCUACUGCAGCACGAGCCCCCUCCUCUUUGCUGCUCCUGUUCCCACCCCCUGGCAUCUGAGGCGGAUCCCAGUGCAGACCCUGAGCCUCAUUAACUCCUCUGACCUGCUUAUUAUUUUUAAUUAAUUGAUUCCCCUCCCUCCCUCUAAGGUGCCUGGAAAUCUGUGACCAAUUGGGAGGAGAGGCGUGCUCGUCUGUGGAUAAAGUUUCGUUUUCUUUUCAAAUAGACUAAGAACAUAUACGUGUAUUUUUUUUAUUUGGUUGCACUCGUGGGAAUUCCUUCUUUAAGUUUUUUUUUUUAAAGGGUUGUUGGAGGGGUGUGUGAGGAAACCAUGGGACUACCUGCUUUGGAAUUUAGUGACUGCUGCUUGGACAGCCCCCAGUUCCGAGAGACGCUGAAAUCUCAUGAAGCUGAGCUGGACAAGACCAACAAAUUCAUCAAGGAGCUGAUCAAAGAUGGGAAGUCGCUCAUUGCAGCACUCAAGAAUCUGUCUUCAGCAAAGCGGAAGUUUGCAGAUUCCCUAAAUGAGUUUAAAUUCCGAUGUAUAGGAGAUGCAGAAACGGAUGAUGAAAUAUGCAUAGCAAAAUCCCUGCAAGAAUUUGCCACCGUUCUCCGGAAUCUCGAAGAUGAGCGAAUGCGCAUGAUUGAGAAUGCUGGUGAGGUCCUGAUCACUCCACUGGAGAAAUUCCGCAAGGAGCAAAUUGGUGCUGCUAAGGAUGCUAAGAAGAAAUACGACAAGGAGACGGAGAAGUAUUGUGGUGUCUUGGAAAAGCACUUAAACUUGUCUUCUAAGAAGAAAGAAUCCCAACUUCAAGAGGCAGACAGCCAGGUGGACCUGGUUCGACAGCAUUUUUAUGAAGUCUCCCUUGAGUAUGUCUUCAAGGUGCAAGAAGUCCAGGAGAGGAAAAUGUUUGAAUUCGUGGAACCUCUGCUGGCAUUCCUGCAAGGGCUCUUCACAUUCUACCAUCAUGGUUACGAACUCGCAAAGGACUUCAGCGACUUCAAGACAGAGCUGACAAUCAGCAUACAGAAUACAAGAAGUCGUUUUGAAGGGACCCGGUCAGAGGUCGAGUCCUUGAUGAGGAAGAUGAAGGAGAAUCCCGACGAGCACAAGAACAUCAGCCCUUUCACAAUGGAAGGCUAUCUCUAUGUCCAGGAGAAACGUCACUUUGGGACCUCUUGGGUGAAGCAUUACUGCACGUAUCAGAGGGAAUCGAAACGAAUCACUAUGGUACCAUUUGACCAGAAGUCUGGAGGAAAAGGGGGAGAAGAUGAAGCAGUCACACUCAAAUCCUGCAUACGCCGGAAAACUGACUCGAUAGAGAAGAGGUUUUGCUUCGAUGUGGAAGCAGUGGAUCGGCCUGGUGUGAUCACCAUGCAAGCACUUUCUGAAGAGGACCGAAAGCUUUGGAUGGAAGCUAUGGAUGGCCGGGAACCGGUCUACAACUUGAACAAAGACAAUCAAAGUGAAGGCACUGCUCAGUUGGAUAAUAUUGGAUUCAGCAUUAUCAGGAAAUGCAUACAUGCUGUCGAAACAAGAGGGAUCAAUGAGCAAGGGCUCUACCGAAUUGUUGGAGUAAACUCCCGAGUUCAAAAGCUAUUGAGUAUCUUAAUGGAUCCCAAAACAGCUUCUGAAACAGAAACGGACAUCUGUGCUGAGUGGGAGAUAAAGACUAUCACCAGUGCACUGAAAACUUACUUGAGAAUGCUCCCUGGACCACUCAUGAUGUACCAGUUUCAAAGAAGCUUCAUCAAAGCAGCAAAGCUGGAGAAUCAGGAGUCCAGAAUCUCCGAGAUCCACAGCCUUGUUCAUCGGCUCCCAGAAAAAAACAGACAGAUGCUGCAGAUGCUCACGAACCACUUGGCAAAGGUUGCUAAUAAUCACAAACAGAAUCUAAUGACUGUUGCUAAUCUGGGUGUGGUAUUUGGACCAACGCUGCUUCGACCUCAAGAAGAAACUGUUGCAGCGAUUAUGGACAUCAAGUUUCAGAAUAUUGUGGUUGAGAUUUUAAUAGAAAACCAUGAAAAGAUAUUUAACACUGUGCCAGAGACACUACCGCCAAACUCGCAGCUGCUGUUACUAUCUCGUAAGAAGAGUACUGAUUCCAAGCCUCCUUCCUGCAGCGAGAGACCAUUAACACUCUUCCACACAGCACAGGCCAAUGAAAACCAGGAGACAAGGAACAGUAUCAUCAACUCCAGCCUGGAAUCGGUCAUCUCUUCAAAUGUCAACAGCUUCCUCCACUCCAACAGCACUCUCCAACCCAACCUGAACUCGAGUGACCCUGACCUAGAAGUAAUUAAACCUAGUCGGCCAAACUCGCUCCCUCAGAAUCCAAGCCCAACAUCACCCCUUUCACCGUCCUGGCCCAUGUUCUCUGCGCCAUCAAGUCCUAUGCCCACCUCCUCUACGUCCAGCGACUCAUCCCCCAUCAGCUCACCAUUCCGGAAAGCCAGAGCCUUGUAUGCCUGCAAAGCAGAACAUGAAUCAGAGCUCUCCUUCACAGCAGGCAUCAUAUUUGAUAAUGUUCAUCCAUCUCAGGAGCCUGGUUGGUUGGAAGGAACCCUGAAUGGGAAGACAGGACUAAUCCCUGAAAACUACGUGGAGUUCCUAUAACUUUGGGCACAGAAGCAACACUGCUGAGCUUUACAUGGUAUCCAUGACAACUGCUGAUUAGAGUGUUGUAGAUCAUUUGCUCUUUGCCACCGUGAAAUGCAGGGUGAAGGACUUUCCGAUUCCUAUUGAAAUUAAUGUUUAUAUGAAUGAUAAUGUAUAUGUCUUCUUCGGUGAUCUAUUGUGGUGUGUGCAAAUAUACUGCAGAAGGGGCGGUCAGAGGCUCCGAGGAGGUCAUUCAACUCUUCCAACUUCUAGUAAAGGUGUGUGAUUCCUACAGCCACUGCUCCCACGUACUCAACUUUGUUCCUUUCGUUGAGCCAUUGUAUCAAUGAAAGGAGAAACUGCGAAGUGCAGGAGCUUAAAAAGGAAUGUUAAUACCCCUUUCACGGCCCUAUUCUGCAAACCCUUGAUUUGAAUGAGUAGCCCCACUGACAUCAACCUAGACUUCAGUGGAACUGCUUAUCUGAGUACUAUUUGUACAAAUCCAGGGUAUGUAGUUUGGACCUUAAGCCACCAUUUCACAUUGUGGGGAGGAGAUUACAUGGGAGCGAGGAGGCUGUUGCCAUUUCUUGCUCACAAAUUCUCCCCUCCUUGUUGAAUCAGCCAUAAUUGAUCUCUUAUUGGCUAACAGCAAAGCAGUCUCUCUCUCAUAUAGCUGUGAGAAGGGGAGAGAUUAAGGUACUGUUUACGUACAUCAAACCACUAACCAUUUCUGCAGCAGCAGUUUGCACAGCCCUGAGCCAUCCUUGACAGGAUUCAGUCCAGUCUCGACAAACGCAACACAACUGAUUAUUCCCAUACCCUGGUGCUGAUGAUAGCCCUACUUACUUAGUAUUUUAUAUUUUUUAAAAUGCCAUUGUUUUCUGAUGGUGAAAGCAAAAACAAAAGAAGUUGAAUGAUCUCUGUGGGGUGAGCGCAGGAUCAGCUGUGAAUUUUCAGCGCUCUGAUGAGCAUCAGCACAAUGGAGGAGAGAAUAUUUUGGACCAAACCUUUCAUAACUUUUUUUUUUUAGAUUUAGAUUUAUGCUGGGUAAACGUCUGUGAUCUGUGCAGCCGGCAUUUCCUUCCUGGAAGGCAAGAUGCAGCUCAUGAUAAAUACCACUUGUUUUGUGUGACUUGCUGAUUCGUAUCAUCACUUACCAGUGCACAUUGUAGAGCGAGGAAUCCAUGCUUAUUGAAUGACCGGGCCACUCUUCCGUUAAUUUUGGUUAAAUUUGCCAUUCACUGCAGUUGCUUUUAUAGAUGGCGUCUUUGCUUACAGCCUAGCAUAUAGUCUGGUGAUGCAAAGUCCAUGCAGUACUGAUUAUACAAAGUAAAUCUUCUGUAGCUAUAUAAGCAUUUAUUAUUCAUGUAGCCAAUUGAAAUUCUAAGGAAAACAAACAGUUAGUCCUUCCAAUGGUUUUUAUUUCACCCCUCCGCUCUUCCCUUGGAAAGUCUUGAAGCCUCCUCUGUUGAGUACCUGGUUUGGGAUAGAGUCACUCCAGUCUUGUAUUGUUCUCAAGAAAGUUUUUUUUUGCAUAGUCCUUAGCACAGCUCAGAUUAUAUUAAAAAAAAAAAAAGAAAAGUCAAAUUUUCCUGAUAUUUUGUCAAGUGCUACAACAUUUUAUAAUAGAAAAUAAUGAGAAAAGCUGGCAUCUUGGCAGGAAGAAUUAUUUGUCUAUCCAUCACGUUAUCACGCCGAGAUGGGAUUUAUUUUCUUUUUUAAUUAUUUUUUUUAAGAACAUGAGUGCUUGAAUUGCUGUAUGUUUCACUUUUUAUUUUUGGAAAAAAUCAUAUGUAAAUAGGAUAAUUUGAAAUAUUAUGAGGGAAAGUUCUGUUUGAUAUUUGUAGCGGAGGUGUUAUGAGCUUCAUGUUCCAUGGAUAUUUGAAACCAAUUUACAGGGAAAAGCACACAGGCACACAACCUAACCUUUAAGCAUGUUGACCUUUUCCUUCAUUUUGUCACCGACUCUGCCAGCCAGCUGGAUUGAGUUUUUGUUCACUUUUUAAUUUCAUUUACAUUAAUUAAACUUCCUAGACUUUGGUGUUGGAAGGAGACAAUCUAAUAUAUACUAUACAUAAAAGAUAGGCACGUAUGUGUGUGGGAGAGAGAGAUAAUGCGCACACACACACACCUUUGUGGGUUUCAGAGUAGCAGCCGUGUUAGUCUGUAUCCAUAAAAAGAAAAGGAGGACUUGUGAUACCUUAGAGACUAACAAAUUUAUUAGAUCAUAAGCUUUCGUGAGCUACAGCUCACUUCAUCGGAUGCAUUCAGUGGAAAAUAUAGUGGGGAGAUUUUAUAUACACAGAGAACAUGAAACAAUGGGUGUUACCAUACAGACUGGAACAAGAGUGACCAGGAAAGGUGAGCUAUUACCAGCAGGAGAGCCGGGGGGGGGGGGGGGAGCGGAAGAACCGCAAAGUGGAACCAAACUAAGGGCUUUGUUUGCUUACAUCUAUAUGUGACAGAGAUGGGAGAAAGUAUAUCUUAGCUUCGUGGCAGUUUGCUUGCCUUUCCUUCAUCAAAAAAAUAAUUAAAAGGCUAGAAAUUGUUGAAGGAAGAUAAUGGAAUGUUAAGAAUGAAAAACAAGUGAUUGACAGGCCUGUACAGAGGAGGAAGGGACAGAUUUCCAGCAUAUCCAAAUUAAAAAAAAAAAAAGAAGCCAGGUACAAGGGUUACUUAGCUAAAGCUCUCUCUUACUAUUCACUGAUUGACUUUUAGAAGCUGUUGAUACAAUUCUGGGUUACUUUAGUGUCAUACUUGUGAGCUACACAGUGUGACUGCUUGUGAAUAAAUUGAUAGAUAAGAUCAUACCCUCUUUGGACAGGACUGGUUAGAUUGUCAGGAAAAGUAACUGACUAUAACUAACCCCAUCCUGUAGUAUUUUCUGGUUUGAAAAGUAAUCAAAUUAAAAGGAUAAAUGGCCUGGGGGUGGGGAGGGGAUUCAUAAUGGGAUAGAGGAGAGGUUUUUUCACCAAUAUGUUGCUGAUUUAAAUCCACCCUUGCAUGUUAGCAGCUAAAAAAAAUUACCAGCUGAUUUCUGUUUGGUAUCCUGUAUGAAAUUGUUUGGUUGGUCUUCAUGCAUAUCCCAGUGGACAGGUGUCUGUGUUGCAAUAUUCACCACUACGAUGAGUCCUCAUUGGCCUUUGUGUUGACAUCCACAAAUUAAAACCAAAGAUUUUGAAUGGGCAAGGGAGAGUGAACUAAUUGCUCAACUCAGAGGUGAAGGACACUCCCCACUGCAAGCAGGAUGGUAUAACGUACACUACUGUUAUCUAUGCUGAACCUGUUCUGUGGGUAGACAGAGUGUUUCAUCCUCCAUGACUGUCAGGCAUGUUUGUUCAAUUUUGUCCCCUCUACGCAGAUGAUGUCUGGGUUCUGUGGCCCCUCCCUCACCUGGAGAGAUGGGGCUUCUGCUUCUUUGGUCUCUGCCCAACACCAUUAGCUAGGCUGGCAUAUUUCACCAACAUUAAAUUCAACUGAAAAAAUUUGAAAGCUUUAAAACACAAAAAGGAACCCAUUUGCUUCUCAAGACAACCUGCCUGAAAGUAAUUUGUUUCCAUGAUGAGUUACUUUAAAAAGUAAGCUGGUUCUGUGUGUGUAGCUCUUGUAAUCAGUUCUUUUUAAUGACUCUGCCCAGAAGCCUCAUUUAAGUGCAUGGGAGUCAUGCAGCUGGAACCUUUGGCAACCGUUUUAAAAAAUAUACUUCUCCUUGCUCAAAUGGAUUCAACAGCUACCAAACAGACCCAUUGGCUUUUUACUGCUUGAUACGGGUAGUAUCAGUGAUCACUUUGAUAUCUGUGCUAUUUAGAUGAAAUCUUCUUCACCCCCUACAGAAUGCCUAUAAUAUCAAUCAGGAUUGUCAUGUUAAUUUCAUAGGUGCAUUGCCUAUUUUGAUAUGUUUGCAGAGGUCCCAAUGGAAAGGAGAGGAAGCCUAACUUGUUGGCCUGAUAUGAUUGUUUGAGUGUAUCUGUGGUUCCAAUACCAUGACCCCAGUCCUCCAAUCAUAUCUGUCCCUGCAUCCAUCUGAUGCCCCUUGGAAUCAGUGGGGAUCUGUACAGGUGAAGGGGUUUGCCCACACAGAACCAGUUCAAGAAUGAGGCUCAUAUCUGGAACCUUUUUUUGUUUUAGCUUUUAAAGGAAAACUGCACCGCAAUAUAAAGCGUAAUUUGUUAUACGUAACAUUUUCAAAACCAUUUAAGUGACGUAGUAGCCUAAGGCUAUUCUACGCUUGCGAGUUUUAGUGCAAAAAGUCAGGUUUUUGUGCAAAAACCACGCUAGAGUCUUCACUGGAAAUCCAGAUUUUGUGCUGAAACUGCUGAGUUUCAGCGCAAAAAUAAAACCACCCCAACAAGAGUCUUUUUGUGCUGAUGCUUUUGCGCUGAUGUGCCAGUGAAGACUCUUGAUUGCUUUUACCUAAUUGUCACAAUGUAGAGCGGGAACACACAGACACAUACACACACACGAUUUGCUUUGAGUCCCGGAGCAGUGCAUAGUGGGAUAGCUACCACAGUGCGCUCUUCUCAUCUGCAAUGCAAGUGCUGCAUAUAGAAACACGCUCUGACGCCUGUGGAAAACAAUGUGAACACAAACCGGCACUUUGCUUUUAGCGCUUUUCUAUCGCUGACAAAACUGUCAGCAAAAAACUCUGCAAGUGUAGACAUAGCCUCAGUUCUCUUUUUACUUGGGCACCUAGUGCCUUUCAGUGAGACUAUGGCCAGGUCCACACCAAAGUCUUUUGCCUGCAUAUUGAUGUCUGUUAGGGGUGUAAAUUUUGCAACAUAGCAAUGCCAGCAAAUGCCUCAAUGUAGACGCAGUUAUACCAGUAUAAAAGUGCUUUUGCCGGUAUAGCUUAUUUCACUUGCAGGACUGGUAUAAGCUAUACCAAUAAAAACACUGAUAUAAGCUGCAUGUGUACUAGGAGUGUUUCAUCAGUGUAGCUUUAUCUGCAAACCUCUUUAGUGUAGGCUACGCCUUAUUUUCAAAAGUAACUUGGGCACUUAGGAGCCCGAGUUCCAGGCUCCUAAUAAUGUUACCCUGUCCUUCAUUGCAAACAAAAGUACAUUGCUGAAGUUUUUACAAAAUGUCUUAAGGUUAAUUAAAGCAUCAAGUUGGAAGUUGCCUUUGUUAAAUUUAAAGGUUAAAAAAAUCAGAAUUUUUUUUUCUGAAAAAGUUGUGAAUUUCUCCCCCUUUUGGAGCAACUAUAAAGCUGGAUUGUUUUUGUCAAAUUUCAAAAUUUUAAAUUAAAAAAGGGGAGGGGGGAACGAUAUUUAACCCGCACUACUAUGACAAAGACGUUAAAGCUGUUAUUCAAAAGAAUCAGAAAGCAGCGACUUUCAAAGUUGCUGCUAUAUGUAUUCUAUCCUUUAUUUAUUAAUUUUAAACUUGUGUUAGCAUUUUGGCAAAAAAUACAUAAUGCCAUAAUAUCUGUUGAAACAAAACAUCAGUAACAAGUGUUAGGGUGAAAUCUUGCCCCCUUUGAAGUCAGUUGCAGCCAGGAUUUCACCUUUAGCAUCCAAUAUAGCACAAAUAAAGUAUUUAAUAGAGUCCUGGGAAUGAAGACCUUAAAAUCACCUUGGUUUAAACUAAACGGGUCAGGCUAGAGGCCUGGUCUUUGGAUCUAUAAAAGUCAGUUGGUGUCUUUUCAUUGAUUUCAAUGGGCUUUGGAUCAGGCUGUAAGAGAGUUAAUCCCUAACUCCUGUAAAGCCCAGAUUCGGUAAGACCUCAAGCUGUGUGAAGCUCAAUUAAAGUUAUUGGUCCUAUUUUUGGAGGAAGGCACUACUCAAUCUGAGUAAGGGUUUCAGAAUCUGUGCCUAAAUAUUUAGGUAUCAGAGAUUCCUAUUCAACUCUUUUUAGUCAGACAUAAUAUUCCCUCCUCAGUGGGAGCUUUGCCUGAGUUUUAAGGCCUAAAUAGCCUUGUUAGCCGCUAUAACUAAUCACAGCAGUUUUCCUUCACUAGCUUACUGUAGCUGAGCCAUUAAAGGGGGGAGGGAGAUAUCAAGAGAAACUAAAAUGCUCUGUAUAAAAAUGCCAUUUUGAAACACUUUAUUAAUAUUUAUUCCAACUAUUUACAAUAUACAGCUACAUUCUUUAAUACCUUAAGAAGAAUGCCCCAUAAUGUUGUAGUUAUCAGUGUUUAACAGAUCUUAUGCAAAGCUGUUUAAAAGCAUUUAAUGAGAUAUGGAGAGUGUUAAAAUCAAUGUGGGUGCAUGUUAAAUACAUGAAUGAAGAUUAUUUUCAAGCCUAUAGUAAGUGCUGUAUAAAGUAAUAAAUAUUAAUAAAGUCCUUAUAAAUGGCACCUCCAUGGAAAAUAUCCCAUAAAAAUUGCUGAUUUAAACAUCAGAUUCAGUGUUUUAGUAUUGUAGGAUGCAGUAAUUGUAAAACUGUAUGUUCUUUGGGUGUAACUUUUAUUUUAACCUUUACAACCUGGUACAGAAGUUCUGAAAGAUUCACUCAGUAUGUGGCUCUAGAGUAAUCCCCUUUAGCAAGCUCAUUAUGUUCCAUUCUUUGGUAGGUUUGGGUGACAAGCCAUGUAAAGUGGCAAUAUGAUUUUGAAUUAAUUAUCUGUUCUGCUUGGAGGCUGCUAAGCUCCUUUCAUAGGGAGAGGAUGGACUAGAAGCUUGCACGUGAAGCAACCUUUUCAUUUUUGCCAGAAAAGAAGCUAUUCUGUAAAAGAUGCUGUCUUUUAAAGGUAGCCAGCUCUAUUGUGUGCUGCACAGUUACACUAAUCAGUACCUACCACGCUGUCACCUGUCACCACUCUGGGAUGGUCGGAUUUUAAAUUCAGAAGACAUUAGUGGUGACAGUCACAUCAGGGCCUGAGCAUCUCUGUGUUAAGCUGACCACAAACAUUGCAGUUGUUGUGUGAUAGCCAAUCAUAUCAAAAACGUACUCCAGUGUGCUUCUGCAGUGAUCCUUAAUUUACUAUUUUCUCAGCAUGCUCCCCAUCCACACAAACCUAGUAGCAUAGGUAUGGUAAGAUUUCCUUUUCUACGAUCUUUUUUUGUCCUUUCUUUCUAGGUCACAGGUUGCCUGCAAGCCAAAACUGUCCCAUUGCAUUCUGCAGUGCAGCCGAUGGCAACCUCAUGUUUAACAGGGAGAUUACAGGUGACAGCAUUCAAAGCUCUAUCUCAAGCCAAGAGCAGGCUAAGUAGUAGCUACUGUACUUGUAUCAGACACAGUGCCUGCUUUACAGUCACUGUGUUAGAUUGUCACUUCUAAAAACCUUAGUUUUUAUGUGAUCAGGGUCGGUCCGGGCUUACGCUCUGGCAGUUUUCUUCCCAGAACUUCACCUCCCACACGUAAAAGUCUUGUAGAAUUUAGUAAGGAUGAAACCAAAAGGGUUUCAUAGAAAUUACUUUUACAACCUGCACUGUUUAAUAGAGAACGAGAUCCCUUCAAUAGACUUCUGUUGGUCAGCUUAAAGGUUAUCAUUCUCCAUUAAUUCUCUAUUAAAAUCUAUAGGACUUUGCCACAAGGGAUCAAUUAAAAAUGAAGACUUUAUAAUUGUUUUACUCAAGCAAGAAGAAAAUGGUGAGAAAUAAAAAGAAUGACACAGAAGGUUAAAAGAAAUAAAAUGCAGCUAAUUGGAGUGUCUAAAGAAGUCCAGUUUACAUCUCGAAUACUUUAUUGUGCUCUAAGAUAUUACCGUACUUUACCAUCUAUCUACUAUCCUCUCUUCCCCAGCUCAUCCCUGUGUUGCAGCGAUUCAGCAACUCCACUCAAGCAUUGCCUCUUAUUAUAUUGUAGGACAGUGACUGAUUCUCUGUUCAUGUGAAGAUCUCUAGGAAAAGUUCCCAUUGGGAUACCAGUGCCAUACGGCAGCUGUUAAAAUUCCUUUGCUUGGAAAUCUGGAAACUGAUUGUACUCCUCUUGCCAUGGGAAAAUGCAGAGUUUGUGAUGAAUGUCACUUGCUCCCAACUUGUAUUUGGAGCUAUUGACUCCAAAGCAGACUCUGAGCCCCUCCAAAGCAGACCCUGGAGUCUGUGAGUCAUGGACAGCCAAUCAGAGGUACAGGGCUCUGUAAACCCCAAGUAGCCCAGUACAACCUCCAGUUUGAAAAACUGUUGACAAUCUGACUAACUGCAGAAAUGAAGCCAUGAUGGGGAGGCAUAAAGGCUCAACUGCCCUGUACCAAAGUUCUCUGAGAAAAGUGACCUUGUAGCCCCAUCCUAUCUUUCCCCUGAUGGGGAUUUUGUAUGCUUUUCAGUCUUCAAGAGCCUUCCAUCUCCAUGUGUUUAAAUCCCUCAGUUCAAGACCCCUUUCUCUGUGUUCAGGGAAAACUUGAUGGGAUUUCCUUUGCACUCCUUAGUCAAGAGGUGUUACUGCUAACCACUCAUUUCUCCCAGUAGAUGGUAUGUGCUACCCUGUAUCAAUCCCAGAUCAGGAAGAAUCAACCCCCAGGAAUCAAGGAAUCAAUCGUGGUUUCUGUUCCUUAUCACAGUAUAUGGAUGUAAUUGUGGUUGGUGAUUGAAGUAAUACAAGACUCCCAAUUCCAAGGCCUUUUGUGUGAUCAUGCAUAGUAAAUCAUUCUCAGCUGGAAUUGCACUUUGAUUAUAAAAUGUACAGUAUAGAAGAAUUCUCUGACCAGGACAACUUUAAUUCAUUGUGCACAGCUGAAAGGCAGUGAAUGCAACUAGAAGACAGACAUAUGGAGACUAACCUGUGUUUCUGCUUAGAACAAGGAAGUGUUCUUUACCCAAGAGCAACUAGCUGCUUGAUCUUUUUUCCACAGACAAGAAGUUUGCUCAGCAUUGUGAUGCUCAUGCAUUCUCAUUUCACAAAAUCUUCUCAGCACACAAGUACAACACUGUGACACUAAUGCUAACUGUUGAUGUUUUCUCUGCUUGGGAACCAGCUAGGGGAGAGAUGCUAUCAACGCUGCAGUGCAAACUGCAGCUGGAUGGUUAGAGAAGGACAAAUAUCAAACAGUUCAGUUCAGAUAAGCCCCCAAACAUUAUGUGAAUGUUGUGAGGGUGGAAUCUCACAAGAAGAGACAUUGUCAUGAGACUUCUAGUACUCACUGCGUCCCAUCAGGACAUGACAUAGACGUUGACUUCGCCGCAGUCUAAUAUUUCCACUUCUGCUCCUGGCAUGAGAUGGAAGUGGAAAUGAAAAAGAGAAUGUGAAAAUGCAAAAUAAGAGGGUGUUCACUGAACUUUUUAAACUUCACAAUCAGGGCAGCAGGUUACAAAGUCUUUUGUAAAAUGGUUUCUUAACAUGGCCAAAAAUAUAAUUAAGACCAGGAAGAGGGAGCAAGUUACCAAGUGACCUACAACUUCAUUGCUUUUUAGUCAACCACUGCUAACACAAUUGCAGCUUUGUGUGUUGUCUGCACCUGACCUGUUGACAACAAGUGGCAAAUAUGGUUUGCUCAUAAUGAGUUAAAUGUGUUUAGCCUGCUAGCGUAGACAGGGCUGAACCAUUUUUGCUACCUGUUCCAGAGAGAAUCAAGGUAUAAGAUGCUGAUGUUUUAUUCUUUGGAGGUUUUUAAUAGCUGUUUGCAGCUAAUGGCCAACUUUUCCAAACCUGAGUGUCUAACUUUAGUCACCUAAACUUAUAUUUGGGUUUGAAAAUAAAUGGCCUGAUUUUCAACUGCAUUGAUUUAAGUGGAAGUUGUGGGGGCUUAAUCUCUGAAAAAUCAGGCCACCUGGGGAGAUGCACCCAACUUUGCAAACUUUAGCCCUUUACCACUCCACUUCUAUAUGACAUGCUAGGUGAUGCUGUAUGGAGAAUGCUGCAUGUACAGCAUUGGGGCUGAAUAAUUUAUUGUCCCAUCUCAGGACGCCUGCAUGGGAAUUUGUCAGGUCAUUUCUAAUGAGUCACAGUGUUUGGCAACAUGCUCUCGACAUGGUACGUAUUUGGUUUGUCCAACUUUACGAAGAUUCUCUCCCCCCCACCCUUUUUUUUUUCAAAAUCACUUGCCAAAUGUUUUAAAAAUGCAGUAAAUUAUGUAAAUACUUGUAGUGGAGGAGUACAGUUGUGCACACACGGCACAUCACACACAGAGUAAUGUGUUCACACAUAGAGAGAGAGAGAGAAACACACAUAGCCAAACACCUGAAUCUUUAAUCCCCUUGGGACAGGAAUUAUAAAUUGUAGGACAUCUGAACUGAAAUCUUACCAUUUCUGAAGGGAAAAGUCACAAUGGGGGUAGGAGGAGGGGAGACCGGUGUUAGAAAUAGUUGGACAGCUGGUGCUGUUAAUGUUCUUCUCACAUAUGGCCUUGGAAGCAUGAGUUGUGUUAGUUCAGUCGCCUCUUAGGACCCACAGUCACUACUAGGUAUGUUGUGCUGUUGUUAUCGUACCUGUUCCUAGUCAUAUUUACACAAGUCUGAUAAAGGGAAUAUGGGUCUUACUGGGGGGGACUUUAUAAAAUCAGAGUAAUGCAACCCCUGCUGCACUUGUGCCAGCAUGGCAGUCUGAUUUGAUUUGCACUGUUAAUUACUCAGACAAAAACAAAAUAAACCCCAACCACCACCAAGCAACCUAAGGCUGUGACCUUUCCAGACCAGCUGAAUCCCUCAAAUCCUUUAUUGAUCAGGUCCUGAAGGGUGCAGCGUUAAACGAUGAGAACAGCAAUGCCCGAGCCAUCUGUUUUUUCCCCUAGACAAGCGUGGAGGCUCAGAUUAUGCGGAUUUGCGUAAUCCAUGUAUUAUUACUGUGUUAAUUGGACGGUGCUGUGGAGUCACUUUGUUGGAAUGUGAUCUCUCUGCAAAUCACUGUGCCAAGGGGUUCACAUUGCAGUGUGGGAAGAGGGUCCCCUCAGGCAGGAGUAGACUUGUGGUUCACUUGUCACUGUAGAAUAACAACUUGCAAAGUCUGGUCAGCACAUUGGGUUUGGAUUGCAGAUGUGUCUGGUUUAGUUUCAUUGAUUUUUGACCUACAGCAAAGGGAGUGGGUUUUUGUUUUUUCAUUUCUUUCGAAGAGAAGGAGAGCUCAGCACCGUCAAGAACUAUACAGUACAUAGGAAUAGUCUGGAGAUGAUGUGUCCUCUGCUUUGGAGGCACUCAGAUUCUCUGCAGAGCAGGGCAAGGAUUUAGAGAGAUUCAACCAGCCAGAGGGAGUGGGGCUCCAAGGAUAAUAAAUUAACCAUUCCAAUGUCUGAGCGGCUAGCCUGCCUCUCUUUAAAUGCUGCUUGAUAACUGAAAAUAAAGGAGAAAUAAGGAAAAUGAGGCACAGUUGGAAGGACCUCAGUGCACCAGGUGGCAACAGGAAGAUAAUUAACGAUCACUGUUUUUUCUGCUGUUUGAAGAUGUCGAGACGCUGUGUGUACAGGGUGCAGUGAUGCAGUCCAGAACCACUGUCCUGAUAGGAAAUCUCACUCUUUUUAAAAAUAUUUUUCAGGGCAAUUUCCCCUCACGGUAGAGCUGAAUCUCACCCAGUUCAAUGGAGUAUCGAUUUAAACCAACUGCUUGCUGCGAAAGUGGGGAAAGUCACAUUCUCAUAUGCAAAAAGCAAACCCAUUCCUAAAGGGCCAAGUUAUGAUUAGAAAGUACAUGGCACUUGAAUUACUGUACUGAACCAAAAAACUCAGAGCAAUUAUAGCUUGUAGGUUUGUGCCAAUUAGAAUCUUAUUUCAUCAUUUAAGGAAUAGAAACCCCCCUUUAAAAAAAAUCAUCCUUUUUAUUUUACUCCAUGGGCUAUGAACUGAUUAUUUGAAAGCCAAGAGGGAGCAAGCAGCUUGUAAUUUAGCACAACUGUUUGAUUGCUCAGAAAAUAGGACCUAGUGACUACCUAUUAUAAAUCCUCCCUUCAACUAAUGAAGCUUAUGCUCACUUCUAAACCACAGACAAAAGUGGCUUGAAAAUAGCCCCUGUGCUCUAAAACUCACUGAUGCACUAUAGGGGAAAAAAUCCCAUCCUGUGACUCUGCUGCUGAGCUCUAAUUAUAUUUCCCUUCCUAGGAAAAGGCAAAGGAUGGACAUUUGUUCUCUGCUUAAGGUCCACUGGGUUUCCAUAAAAUAGCUUUCCUGUGAUUGGCGUUUCCGAUCGGAGCAGCCACACUGAUCUCCACAUCCCCUCCAAUUAAAUUGUCUCUUAGAUCCAGAGGAAAGAUAAGAGAUUCAGGGUAGAAUGCAGAUGAGUGGAAUCAGCUGGUGUGUGGGCUGGCUCCAACCUGUUUCAAAGAGUAAAAGCCAGUGCAGUGAUAUAUUUUCAUUUAACAUCAAUGUGAAGGGGAUGCCAGGGGUUUAAGCUUGUUGCAAAUCAACUACACAAUUUCAAUGGAUCUGCUCAUGUGCUUAAAGUUAAGCAUGUGCUUAUCGGCUUUGCUGGAUCAGGCUAGAGUGCUCAGCCUAUGGCAGGAUCAAGUCCCCAGUGAAGUACCAGGUUCUAGCCACCUCAGUUAUGUCCAUUUACCUCAAGCCUCACAAGCAUUUCAGAGGAUCAGAAUUUGGUUGCAUUCUCUGUUACUAGUUUGGUCUCAUCAGUGAUACUUUGUGGGUGACCAUUUCUUCUCAGAAUUAGCCAGUGUUGGGAACAUGAAUCUCAGUAUGUUUCUCUUUGUAGUAUGUAGGCAUUUGCGCAUGACCUAUGUUUGCUUGCUUCACACAAAGCGGAAACAACUUUUUUUUAGCAAAGGUUUGCUCUCUGUUAGAGAUGGGCCUGAUCCAAAAUUGUGAGUCUAUACGCCCUAGACUUUAGGAAGUUCUUAACAUGAGCCUAACCUAAACUCCAAGGCCAAAUGCCUAUCUGAGUUUCAAGGUAUUUCAAAUUCAGAUCUGAACUUUAUUUGUAUAGUGGGAUCCUGGGCCGUGACUGGGGCACCUAGGCAUUACGAUAUUACAAAGAAAUAAUACCAUGUAGCUUGGACACAAUUCUACUGUCCAGGCCUUUGCACUGAAAUUGCUUCUUGCUGGUAACUUUGUUCAUCACAGUCCCUCCUCCUUUCUAUCACAUUAGCUGAGAAUGUUGCCCUAGACUCUUUUCAGAGUAACAGCCAUGUUAGUCUGUAUUCGCAAAAAGAAAAGGAGUACUUGUGGCACCUUAGAGACUAAUCAAUUUAUUUGAGCAUAAGCUUUCGUGAGCUACAACUCACUUCAUCGGAUGCAUACUGUGGAAAGUGUAGAAGAUCUUUUAUACACACAGCAUGAAAAAAUACCUCCCCCCACCCACUCUCCUGCUGGCAAUAGCUUAUCUAAAGUGAUCACUCUCCUUACAAUGUGUAUGAUAGUCAAGUUGGGCCGUUUCCAGCACAAAUCCAGGUUUUCUCACCCCCCCCCCCCCCACAAACCCACUCUCCUGCUGGUAAUAGCUUGUCUAAAGUGACCACUCUCCUUACAAUGUGUAUGAUAAUCAAGGUGGGCCAUUUCCAGCACAAAUCCAGGGUUUAACAAGAACGUCGGGGGGGGGGGGUGUUAGAAAAAACAAGGGGAAAUAGAUUACCUUGCAUAAUGACUUAGCCACUCCCAGUCUCUAUUCAAGCCUAAGUUAAUUGUAUCCAAUUUGCAAAUGAAUUCCAAUUCAACAGUCUCUCGCUGGAGUCUGGAUUUAAAGUUUUUUUGUUGAAGAAUUGCAACUUUCAUGUCUGUAAUCGCGUGACCAGAGAGAUUGAAGUGUUCUCCGACUGGUUUAUGAAUGUUAUAGUUCUUGACAUCUGAUUUGUGUCCAUUUAUUCUUUUACGUAGAGACUGUCCAGUUUGACCAAUGUACAUGGCAGAGGGGCAUUGCUGGCACAUGAUGGCAUAUAUUACAUUGGUGGAUGUGCAGGUGAACAAGCCUCUGAUAGUGUGGCUGAUGUUAUUAGGCCCUGUGAUGGUGUCCUCUGAAUAGAUAUGUGGGCACAGUUGGCAACGGGCUUUGUUGCAAGGGUAGGUUCCUGGGUUAGUGGUUCUGUUGUGUGGUAUGUGGUUGCUGGUGAGUAUUUGCUUUAGGUUGGGGGGCUGUCUGUAGGCAAGGACUGGCCUGUCUCCCAGGAUUUGUGAGAGUGUUGGGUCAUCCUUCAGGAUAGGUUGUAGAUCCUUAAUAAUGCGUUGGAGGGGUUUUAGUUGGGGGCUGAAGGUGACGGCUAGUGGCAUUCUGUUAUUUUCUUUGUUAGGCCUGUCCUGUAGUAGGUGACUUCUGGGAACUCUUCUGGCUCUAUCAAUCUGUUUCUUCACUUCCGCAGGUGGGUAUUGUAGUUGUAAGAACGCUUGAUAGAGAUCUUGUAGGUGUUUGUCUCUGUCUGAGGGGUUGGAGCAAAUGCAGUUGUAUCACAGAGACUAGACUCUGUUGUUCAAAACUAAAUAUUUGCAAAUUGCAAAGGUGAUCAGAUAUCCUGAUGAGCUCUCUCCAGCAACCAUCCAAGAGGGGUGCCAAGAAAAAAGACACAAUAUCGGACACUAAACUAGGUUCUAUGAUUUGGAGUAUGUCUACACUGCAGUUAGACACCCCUCGCUGGCCCAUGCUAGCUGACUUGGGCUCAGGGGAUUUGGGGUAAGCGGCUGUUUAAUUGCAGUGUAAAUGCUCGUGCUGCAGCCCUAGCUCUGAGACGCUCCCACCUUGCAGAGUCCUAGAGCCCAGGCCACAGCCCAAGCCUGAAUGCCUGCUCUGCAGUUAAGCCCUUUAGCCAGAACCCCACAAGCCCAAAUCAACUGACACAGGCCAGCCGCAAGUUUUUUAUUGCAGUGUAGACAUACCCAUAGAAACUAAACUGGAAAAUAUAUUAGAUCAAAGCCAAAAAUGUCCAUUUCUUUGUCACGGGCUCUAUGCCACAUGAGUUUUAAAUGCACAGACUUUCUUUUCCCACUUGCUCUGCCCUAUUUUAAUUCUAGUUUUCUUUUAUGAUUAAAUUCUACUGGCAUUCUGCACAUUGACAGCAGGCCAAAGACUCAAAACGGGGUGGUGAUGGGGGGAAAUCAUUCUGUUGUACCACCAAAAACUAUGCUCAUACUAUUGUUAUAUAAUACCUGUAUAUCUUGUCAGAUUCAAAAAUUCAUGAAGGGGACACACAUGGAAAAAAUAUGCAGUUGAUGACUGCAAGCCAGUUAGUUUGUAUUCCUAAAGAUCAGAUGUUUCGCUUGGGUUGGACCUUCUUGGUAGAAGCUGGACAGGUUGAGUGAAAACACCACAAGCUCCAGAAAAAGUUUGUGGGACAGAAGUGUAUUAAUGUUAUAAAAUAAUCCUUCUCUGUUAGUGUUCGAUAUUGUCCAAUAGUAAUCACUUCUUGCUGUGGUAUCACAUUUGAUGGUUUGAGUUUGUUUGUUUUUUAAACCAGUGGGUGCUACUGUUAAAUCAGGAGGCGGGGCUAAUAGAAGUUGUGACUAUGUAUGUCAUCAUCUGGAGUUCCUCUGGGUUCCCACUUGUGCUUAAAGAUUGCAAUGAUGUUUCCUCCAACGGCUGGGUGAGGAGGGCAUUUAAGUGGCACCCAGGGCUUGCAAUUCUUCCCCUCUUCAGGUCCCUCUCCACACAUGAACUUCAUAAAUCUUCAUAUAUACUCUUGGCUGGCUGUGUCCUGUGCAGGCUCAUGAGAAAUAUUAAAAUACAAUUUGAAAUAAAGAUUUGUAUUAACCAAAGGAUGAGUUUAGCUUUACACAUAUCUCUAUAUAUUUUUUGAAAGUUGGGAUUUAAUUUAAAUCUGAUAUAGUCUUAUGUAAAUGAAGAUAAGUUCCAGAUGGGAUCAGACAACACAGUGUUUGAGCUUCCUGUCAUAUUUUAAAAAUUGAAGCUAACUGGCAAAAUAAAAAAGGCUUCUCAAAUCUGUGUCACGAAUAACAUCAAUUAGCGUGGCUAUGGAUCUGUGUUUCAAAGCAUGGACGAUCAUCGUUUUCUAAUGUGUGUGUUGAUAUUUCUAUCCAGAAUAAGAAUAGUUCUUGGGCAAGCAUGCAAUCCCUUAGUCUAAUUUUGUUCACAUAUCCAGCAUACCUGAUGCAGGAUGUGUCCUGGAUGUGAGCCAGUGUUAUGAUAUAGCACCAGCAAAUAUAGCACUAGAAGGCUGUGUAAUCCUUCCUUCCAGCUAAUUUACCCAAGAGCUACAAGCCUUGUACUGGAGUAUUUGAAACAUACUUGAAAUUUAUAUUUACUGGGCCAGUGCAGCCACAAAAACGUGGUACAAGGAUGGGGGCCCAAGCUUGAUUUAUAAUGAAAAGCAUUUAUCUCUUUUUACUUUGCCUCCGGUAACCCAUCCAUUCACGCUUUCAUUCUAGUGCUGUCGAUACUGGUCUUCUGACAGUAAUUCAAAACGAAGGGCACUUCUUGAACUAGUAAAUAACUCUGUUGGCGGAAUCUAGCAUUUUUGUAGAGCUAGGUAUUGCAGUUGACUGCACAACACAGUAAAUAUACAUCCGCUAUAUAUAGGCAUGGAAGGGAAGAAUAGUGUGCUUCAUAUGUUUGUCUUGUAUUUGCUAGUCUGUUAAAUUUUGUAAAUAUCAUUUUACAUGUGCCUUUUUUAGAGCUUAUUAAUUUUGUUUUUUUCAAAAUGUAUAAUAAAUAUUUUUGGGCCCGGGAA